GUAUCCUCCGGCGGCAUCAGUUUGUUGUUCGAUCACACUCACCUGCUUCGUUCGUUGCUAUUCCCUUGGAUUGGAUUCGCUCUUUUUCAUGGUUGAAGAAUGAGAUCUCACCAAGCUGGCCGCAAACUGCCGCUUCUUCAACUUCUCGGCUGCGUCGCUGUUUUCUCCGUUUUCGUUUUCACCAUCCAAUCUUCCUUCUUCGCAGAUAGUAAUCGUAAAGUAGAUCUUCAGCCGGAAGAUAUCCAGAUCUUGUCAGAUUUUCAGUCCAGCGUUCAACAGUGCGUGGCAAACAGAGGGCUUGGACUCUCUGCCCAUAUUAUUGAUCACUGCAAUUUGAUCCUUAAGUUCCCUGAAGGCACUAACAGUACUUGGUAUAAUGCACAAUUUAAAGUGUUUGAAGCAUUGGAGUUCAAGUAUAAUGUUUGUGAGGCAGUUCUCUUAUGGGAGCAGUACCGCAAUAUGACUACAGUAUUGACAAGAGAAUACCUCGAUGUACGCCCUGAUGGGUGGUUGGACUAUGCAGCUAUGAGAAUUGCACAGCUGGGAGCUGAUAAGUGUUAUAAUCGUACAUUGUGUGAGGAGCAUCUUAAUGUAAUCCUUCCAGCGAAGCCUCCUUUCCACCCACGGCAGUUUCAUAAAUGCGCUGUUGUUGGAAAUUCUGGAGAUCUAUUAAAAACAGAGUUCGGAGAAGAGAUUGACAGUCAUGAUGCUGUAUUUCGAGACAAUGAAGCUCCUGUGAAUGAGAAGUAUGCCAAGUACGUAGGAGUGAAAAGGGAUUUCCGACUAGUUGUUCGUGGUGCAGCUCGUAACAUGAUUAAGAUUCUCAAUGGUUCUGACAAUGAGGUGCUUAUAAUAAAAAGUGUGACCCAUCGAGACUUCAAUGAAAUGAUAAAGCGUAUACCAAACCCUGUUUAUCUUUUCCAAGGAAUUGUCCUACGGAGAGGUGCCAAAGGAACCGGGAUGAAAUCCAUUGAACUGGCAUUGUCCAUGUGCGAUAUCGUUGACAUAUAUGGUUUCACAGUUGAUCCUGGAUACACAGAGUGGACGCGUUACUUUUCAACGCCAAGGAAAGGGCACAACCCACUUCAGGGAAGGGCAUACUACCAACUUCUAGAGUGUCUUGGUGUAAUACGGAUCCAUUCUCCCAUGAGAUCCCAGAGAAAGGAGGACUGGUCAAGUGUGCCAAGUCGUGAAAUGAUAAGCCGGGCUCACACAGCUGCCUUACGCCUAGAGAGGAGCCAACAGCCAACUAGUUCGAAGAGGGAUGGGUCAGGACAAUUCGGUAAUUGCAAGGUGUGGGGGGACGCAGACCCUACAAAAGGACCCGUAUCGGGAUCUCCAGACAUGAGUGAGAUCAGGAAGAAGUCAAAUUACAAGAAAUGGGAAGUGAUGCCGUUUAAGAGCUUAAGAAAGGAAGCUAGGGAUCACUAUAUCCAAAUGAAAGGCGUGUCACAGUAUAAGAUGGAUGGAAAUAAACUGGACGAUCUGGUUUGCGUGAGGCAUCCACUGAGAUUAGAGGCGUAAAUUUUUUUAUCAUCUUGUAAAGGUUCAAUUUCAAUACCAUCUUGAGCUUACAAAGUAAAGGUUCCUACAUUUCACGGAAAUUUUGUUGAAGCAAUCUGUUUAAUCAAUUAGCUCUCUACGU